UUUAAUCUGGGCUCCAUCGAAUCGACCAUCCUCCCGAAUCUUGUCGCGAAACCGAAGCUGCCUUCCCUGCACCGCGCACCGCACACCGCACACCAGCCAGCCCACCCCCACCAUCGGGGGCACAUUCAUUCUCCGCCCGACGACUCCGUGGUGUUAUAGAGACUGCUGAUGCCUGGGAGGUAGUAUCAUUGUUUGAUUGAUGCGUGGUGCUUGGUGCAUGGUCUGAAAUAAGUACGUCACUGCCAUUGCGCAGUAGUCGCGAUCAUGGCCGCCGCCGUAUUUGAAGAUAUCGUCAGGCGGUUGAGCAUAGCGGAUACAGAACUGAAGACAAAGCUCGAUGCCGCCACCAGUCUGCGCGAUACCCUCGACCAUUACACCAACAGCCCGGCAUACUCGACGUUCCUCAAGAAGACCAUGCCCCCGUUCUUGAACAUCUUACGGGGGCAGUGCGUCUUUCAAAGCACAUCGGUCGAGCAGAAGCUCCGAAACUGCGUGCUCGAGAUCCUGCAUCGCCUGCCCACACACCAGAGCUCGCCCGAACCUUUCGAAUCGUACGCCGAGGAGGUCGUCGAACUGCUCAUGGGUCUUGUCAAGAACGACAACGAAGACAAUGCGACACUAUGUGUCAAGAUCAUAUCGGACAUAAUGCGCCACCAGCACAAGGUCCUCCAGAGCAAGGUUCAACCGUUUCUCACCUUGAUACAGGACCUGUUCGAGCAGACAGAGCGCAAUGUCCGGGAACAACUCGACAGCAGCGUUGGUCCGCCCAACGCAACGGGGGCACCCUCCACCCCCGGUAGCACACAAACCAACUUCCAGUCGCCAAGACCAGGCUCGCCUGUGGCUUCUGUCACGGACCUUGGUCAAGACCUACAACAGCAGACUCGACCCCUGCUGAAAGGCAUACAGUCGUUCAAGGUUCUCUCAGAAUGUCCAAUCAUUGUCGUCUCCGUUUUCCAGACCUAUCGAAGCAUAAUACCACAGAACGUCAAGUUAUUUGUGCCUCUGAUCAAAACCGUCUUGCUGCUUCAGGCGAAAGCUCAAGAGCAGGCGCAUGCCGAAGCCAAGGCCAAGGCACAGACCUUCGCCGGAGUCAGCCCAAAUAUAAAAAAUCGAGCCGCGUUCGGAGAGUUCAUCACAGCACAGGUCAAGACCAUGAGCUUUCUGGCUUAUCUACUUAGGCAAUAUUCAAGUCACUUGACUGAUUUUCUUCCCACCCUGCCGGAUAUCGUGGUCCGGCUGCUCCAAGACUGCCCCAGAGAAAAGUCGGCUGCUCGCAAGGAGCUCCUGGUUGCCAUUCGCCACAUCAUCAACUUCAACUUUAGGAAGAUCUUCCUGCCCAAGAUCGACGAGCUCUUGGAGGAGAAGACCUUGAUAGGCGACGGUUUGACUGUCUACGAUACCAUGAGGCCUUUAGCAUACAGUAUGCUGGCAGAUCUCAUUCACCAUGUGCGAGAAGCUUUGUCCCCCGAGCAGAUUCGAAAGACCGUCGAGGUCUACACCAGGAAUUUGCAGGACAAUUUCCCUGGUACCAGUUUCCAAACCAUGAGUGCGAAGCUCCUUCUGAACAUGGCAGAAUGCAUUGCCAAGAUGCAGAACAAGGUCGAUGCUAGGCACUAUCUGCUGACCAUAUUGAAUGCCAUCGGCGAUAAAUUUGCAGCGAUGAACAGGCAGUAUCCGAAUGCGGUCAAAUUGUCCAAGCUUUAUCAGCAACAGGCCCAGGAUCAGGUUGCAGACUCCUACCUGGCGGAUAAGGAGUCCGCUCCCGAGUGGGAUGAGACGGACAUCUUCACUGCCAUGCCGAUCAAGACAUCCAACCCGAGGGACAGGGGUGCCGAUCCAGUUGUUGACAACAAAUUCCUCUUCAAGAACCUUAUGAAUGGUCUUAAGAAUACAUUCUAUCAGCUAAAGGCAUGCAAUGGGCCGAAUCAAAUUAACCCGGACAACGCACCAGCACACUGGCAAGAGGUGUCGUAUGGGUUCUCUGCCGAAGAGGUCAAGGUGAUCGUCAAGCUCUUCCGCGAGGGAGCAUAUGUAUUUCGGUACUACGAGAUUGAGAAACCCGCUUCUGAAUCAACAUAUGCAUCACCAGUCGAGUACAUGGCCAACUUCUACAUGGUUUCGAGCAGUAAGGAGGAGAAAGACCUGUUAGAAACGUUCGCCACAGUCUUCCACUGCAUCGACCCUGCGACCUUCCACGAAGUCUUUCAGCAGGAAAUUCCGCGUCUCUACGAGAUGAUCUUCGAGCAUACCGCGCUUCUGCAUAUCCCGCAAUUCUUCCUUGCAAGCGAGGCGACAUCGCCUAGCUUCUGUGGUAUGCUCCUGAAGUUCUUGAUGGAACAUAUCGACGAUGUUGGGUCAGCCGAUGUCAGAAAGUCUAGUAUCCUUCUUCGUCUGUUCAAGUUGGCUUUUAUGGCCGUCACGCUCUUCGCGGAUCAGAACGAGCGGGUACUCCUGCCACACGUAGUUGACAUUGUUACCAAGUCGAUUGAGCUAUCCACCAGAGCCGAGGAGCCGCUGAACUACUUCCUGCUGCUGCGGUCUUUGUUCAGAAGUAUUGGAGGAGGCAAAUUUGAGCACCUCUACAAGCAGAUAUUGCCUUUGCUUGAGAUGUUGCUCGACGUACUCAACACUCUGCUCAUGGCUGCGCGCAAAUCUACGGAACGUGAUCUUUACGUUGAGCUAUGUUUGACCGUCCCAGCACGGCUGAGCAAUCUCCUACCACAUCUAAGCUUCCUCAUGAGACCUUUGGUAGUAGCGCUGCGAGCUGGCACCGACCUUGUCGGUCAGGGGCUUCGCACAUUGGAAUUGUGUGUUGAUAAUCUCACAGCGGACUAUCUGGACCCCAUCAUGGCCCCUGUUAUCGAGGAGCUCAUGAAUGCUCUGUUUGAGCACCUCAAGCCUCAUCCUUACAGCCAUUUCCACGCACACACAACGAUGCGCAUCCUGGGAAAGCUUGGCGGCAGAAACCGAAAGUUCAUGACCGAUGCACUACCGGUCACCUACCAGCGCUACGCCGAUGAUCCUUCGAGCUUUGAUAUGCGACUGAUCGGCUCAAAGAAAGAUCGCGCGUUUCGAUCCGAUCUUGGCAUCGACUGCGCCAUUCGCAAGCUUACCGAAAUACCAAAGCCGUCCAAGGCCGCCAACAAGCAGCAGGAGGCGUACUAUAAGAAGCAGGCACUUCAACUGAUCAAAUCUCAGAUCAAGUUGCGCGUCGGCCUAGACAACCUGCCAGAGGACCUCCCAAGACUUGUUCGACUCCAAGCCCAAGACCUCGUGGCUAGGAAAUCUGACCACGACUUUUCACCAUUCAACAUCUCGGAGCGCGAGAGGUCUGUCAUCAAGAAGGACGAAGAGGACAAUAUUAUGAAGCGGCUCUUGAAGGCGAUAAUAUUUGCUGAAUCCAUCCCGGAAUUUCAGGAUGAGGCAGAUCUCUUCUUGAUUAACAUAUGUCAGCACUUCACCAUCAUCGAGGUUGGUCGUGGUCUAGUUGACUGGAAGCGAGCCAAUAGCCCCUUCGACGUCACCAACGGCGAAGGUCCAUUGUUCAUCGAAACACGGACUCUGUGCGAUGCAAUCCUCGAAUCGCUUGCCUCAGAUCUGACCGAAGUACGAGACGCCGGUUUCCGGGCGAUCCGAGCGAUCUAUGAUUCGACGGUCACGAUCUUCGGUUCCGAAAAUCAUGUUUGGCGGCUCCCACUCUUCACUCAUCUCUGCCAAGUCUUCUGCCAUGGAUGCUAUGAAGAGGAGUGGUUCACAAAGACGGGUGGAAGCUUGGGUAUCAAGUAUAUCCUGACAGAAUUUGACCUUGGGGAUACUUGGGUCAGUGCAAGACGAAUCGAGCUCAUCCGCGCUCUCAUGUACGUGAUCAAAGAUAUGCCUCAAGACCUUCCUGAAAACACCAGGUGCUCGGCCCAGGACACCCUCGAAUUGCUUCUGCGACGUCUCACCAAGAAUAUUACGAAAGAGGAUUGCAAGCCUGCAGUCCCAACCCCAGGUCAGCCUCAGCAAAAGCCACAGCACCAUAUGGCACAGAUCUGCAUACUUUUCAACGAUGAACUUGCCCAUAUGAACAGGCAUGUACGCGAGACAGCACGGCGGGCAUUGGAAAUCAUCGCCAAAGCGACCAACUCCGAGUUGUGGGAGAUCCUUAUGCCCUACAAGGAUCGAUUGUUGGGUUCAAUCUAUCCUAAGCCACUCAGAGCCUUGCCUUUCUCUACGCAAAUCGGCUAUAUUGAUGCAGUAACAUACUACAUGGGCCUCAAAAAUGAUUUUGUCGUUUUUGAUGAUUCCCUCAACCGCCUUCUCAUGGAGUCACUAGCUCUGGCGGAUGCUACGGACGAAUCAUUGGCUGGUAAGCCCGCCGAGUUCAGAACGCACGAGUCGAUAGUGAACCUUCGUGUUGCUUGCAUCAAGAUUCUCAGCAAAGCUAUGGGCUUUGACGAUUUCUCAAAGGGUCAAAACAACCCCACGCGGACGAAGAUAGUGUCCGUUUUCUUCAAGUGCCUGUACUCCGAGUCAAAACCCACAAUCGAAGCUGCGAAUGAAUCUCUCAAAGCAGUAUUGUCCCACACUAACAAGCUGCCUAAAGAUCUCCUCCAGCAAGGGUUGAGGCCUGUCCUUGCUAACUUACAAGAUCCCAAGCGCUUGACUACUCAUGGUCUCGAGAAUCUAGCCAGACUCUUACGAUUACUGACGACGUACUUCAAGGUGGAGAUAGGUGCUCGUCUUCUGGAUCACAUCAAAGUCUUGGCUGAUGGCAACCUCCUUCAGCAAAUCUCCUUCACAUUUUUCGAGCAGCAUACUGCAAUGAAGGUCAUUGCUGCAGUGUUCAACAUCUUCCACCUGCUUCCACCAGCGGCUGAGCAAUUCAAAGAGCGCCUCAUCGAUACGGUACUGGAACUAGAGGACAAGCUCAGGAGGACACAAUACAGUCCCUUCCGACCUCCGUUGUACAAAUACCUGAAUCGGUACCCGCAGGAAGUCUGGGCCAACCUGGCUGGCAAGAUCGAAGAUAUCAAGUAUGGCAGGUUCUUGGCACAGGUAUUGAUGGAUCCGGACAGCCAGCCUCUUCGGGACCACGCAGCCACCAAUGUAGAAGGACUUAUCAACCUCUGCAAUAGCGCUAUCAAUGCCAAUAAGGAGACUAGAUUCGUUGCUGUCGUGAACACAGUCAACAUUCUUGACUCUUUGACCCAGGCCUCUAGCAACCUUGGCUGGAUGGAACGCAAGGAGACCAUGAGCUGGUUGGCCAAAGCUGGCAAGGAACUCGAACGCCAGCUCCGAACCAAUCAAUUGCCGCCUGGCCUGAGGCUUCCCGCUGACCAAGCAGCUGACCAGCUGAUGGGCAUGUUCACCAAAGCCUUAUCUCUGAACCCGACCGACUUGGAUUCUUUAUUUAGCUUGGUUGACUCGGUCACUUCUGAAGAGUUCCGCGCGACACCCUCCUUAUUCUCAUACAUCUACCAAUACGUCAUCUGCAACGACUCCAUCGACUACUGGAAAUCAGUCAUCCUACGCUGUUUGGACGUCUAUGCCAGCAAACAAGCGACUCAGAAGACAAAAUGGUUCCUGCUGCGCAACAUUGUCAACCCGAUUGUUGCAAUGGAUAUCAUGAGAAAUGGGUACCAAGUCGAAGACAAGAAGCCCCAAAGAUUGAUGGACAAGUCUAUCAUCGAGACAAUCAGUGCAAAGAUUUGGAAAAUCAACCUUGGUGACCCUCAAGAGGAUCUUGCCCAACCGGGGAUUGACCACACUCGCAUGGAACUGCUUCAACUGUCGGCCAUGCUGGUUAAAUACCAUCACGCCAUUCUUCAAGAUGCUCGCAAGGAUAUCAUCAAGUUUGGCUGGACUUACAUCCGUCUUGACGACGUCAUCAACAAGCAUGCUGCCUAUGUUGUUAUCGGGUACUUCAUUGCACACUAUGACACGCCCGCCAAGAUCGUUACUCAAGUAUAUUAUUCGUUGCUGAGGACAAACCAGAAUGAAGGGCGCGCGCUAGUUACCCAAGCCUUGGAGUUGAUGGCGCCUGUGUUGCCGAAACGCUGCAAUACACUGCCAAGCGAUCGCAAUGCAGUCUGGGCUAUUGCUCCGCGUCGUAUCCUUGCAGAAGAGGGUCAGAAUGUUCAACAAAUGACGAGUAUUUUCCAUUUCCUCGUCAGACAUCCAGGUCUUUUCUACGAGUCGCGUGACAAGUUUACACUGCUCAUCAUUCAGUCGUUGCGCAAGAUCUCAGCCCCUCAAACUUCAUCCAACGAAAGUAAGAAGUUGGUGCUGAAUAUGAUGAGUCUCAUCUGGGAGUGGGAGCAGAGGCGGGUAGAGGGAAAACACGCCAGCCCCAACAGAGCUCUAUCCGAAUCGCCAAACUCAAGAAAGCGGCGUUUAGAUGCUGAUGGCCCGACUUCUUCUCCUCCCACAGCCAGACAAAAUGCUCCCGUGAAAGAGUUCCAGAUCCCCGACGGGUUCCGACUUAAGAUGCUGAAGUAUCUGGUCGAGUUCAUCGCGCAGCUCAACGAGCGUUAUGCACUACCUUCGGCGAAGCCAAGAGAUGCGGCUGCUGGAAACGGUCCAGCACUUCCGCCCCUGUCUACUGAUCUUUGCAAGAAGGCUAUGACGCUUUUGUUUAACCUGCUUCAAGAACAAUACUGGGCCGAUCUCGAAGUCGACCUGUUUCCAAAUGUUACCGAAGUUGUUUUGGCCAGCGAGAAGACCCAGAAGAUUCUCAACGCAGACCCAAGCGAUAAGGAGAAUUAUGACGAGAAGUUUAUUACCAACAUUGUCAACACGUUGCAAGUUGUCCGAAUCAUCCUGAACUCCAAGAAAGAUGAGUGGAUCGUCAAAAACAUGCCAUCAGUACAGAAAGUCCUCGAGAAGUGCCUCAAAUCCGAAAAUCCCGAGCUGCAGGAUUGUUUACACUUUGCAGACAAGGAGUACGACGAUGGGCGGGACAUGAAAUCUAUUGUCCAAAGAGUUCUUGAGGCUGUGCCAGAGGACGUGCCGAUGGAGGAUGCCGAUGCCGAUGGAGAACCUGAAGGGCAAACCUCAGAGAUUGUAACCUUCUUAUCAGGUAUUGCCACGGAAACCCUCAAUGCGACCAAUUAUGUCUCUGGUGUCAAUGUUUUGUGGUCACUAGGCCAGCGGAAGCCAUCAGUUAUCGAGCCGCAUAUUCCUGCUCUGAUGAAGGCCCUACAGCAGAAACUGGCCAGAGAGCAUGUUCAGCAUUACACCAAUGUACAAGCUCACCAAAUGAAUAUGCACGUUCGACCUGCCGACCAAGGUCCCCGGGAAGGAGAGAUGUCUCAAUAUGAUCUUGAGAUCCAGACCGCGCUGAUGAUCAAGGCGAUCGAAGUUACAGCUAUGCGAAUGGAGGUUCUUGGUGACAACCGCCGCCCGUUCCUCAGUGUUCUGGCCACUCUUGUCGAGAAGUCAUUGCACAUUCCUUUAUGCACUAAGAUUCUGGAGAUGGUCGAGGACUGGGUCUUCCGAUCUGAGGGCACAUGGCCAACGCUCAAGGAAAAGACAGCUGUGCUGCACAAGAUGUUGUCAUUUGAACAUCGUAGCGAUACCACAAUGCUGACCAAGUUCCUAGAGCUCGUGAUUCGUAUUUACGAAGAUCCCAAGAUCACUCGUACCGAGCUCACAGUCCGCAUGGAGCAUGCUUUCUUGAUCGGAACUCGAGCUCAAGAUGUCGAGAUGAGAAACAGGUUCAUGACUAUAUUCGACAGAAGUCUUUCGAAGACCGCAACGGCUAGACUUGCGUAUAUCGUCACAUCCCAGAACUGGGACACGCUCGCGGACUCAUUCUGGUUAGCCCAGGCAUCUCAGCUGCUCCUGGGUGCGGUGGAAGUAAAUGCCAAUAUUCAGCUGCACCAUGAAGACUUCAGGACAGUUCCCGCCUCUGCAGUCUUCGGUGUUUAUGCCAAAGACAGUCGGGAACCCUCUGCCAUGGCUGACGACAAGUAUGACACAUUCAUGACCAAUCACCGCCGAUUUGUUGCCGAGGUAGGAGAUGUCAAGGUCCGCGAUAUCAUCGAGCCUAUCAUUCAGCUUCAGCACAUCGAGUCAAGUCUGGCUAACGAGUUGUGGGUCACGCUGUUUCCCAUGUUCUGGUCUGCUACACUGAAGGAAGAAAAGAUGGACCUCGAGAAAGGCUUGGUUGCACUUCUUACAAAGGAUUUCCACUCUCGCCAAAUCGACAAACGACCGAAUGUAGUUCAGUCCUUGUUGGCAGGAGCAGCUAAAUCAUGGCCCGAGUGCAAGAUCCCUCCUCACGUACUGAAGUUUGAGGCCAAGACGUUUGAUGCAUGGUACACAGCAUUAGUCCAGCUAGAGAAUGCUGCUAUCAAGCCUGAUGUCGAGUCACCUGCCGUUCGCGAGAGCAACCUGGACGCCUUGGUUGAGCUGUAUUCAAACCUCAAGGAAGAUGAUAUGUUCUAUGGCACCUGGCGCCGUCGUUGUCAGUUCGUCGAGACCAAUGCUGCUCUGUCGUAUGAGCAGAACGGCAUGUGGGACAAAGCUCAGAAAAUGUACGAAGCAGCACAGAUAAAAGCUCGAACUGGCGUCAUCCCCUUCUCGCAGGGCGAAUACAUGCUAUGGGAAGACCAUUGGGUCUUGUGUGCUGAAAAGCUCCAGCAAUGGGACAUACUCCAAGACUUUUCAAAGCACGAGAAUUUGCAGGAUCUGUUGCUCGAGUGUGCCUGGCGCAACGUCGAAAUGUGGCAGGAUUUGGCCCACCGCGAGAGCUUGGAUGUCCUCAUCAAGGGCGUCAUGGAUGCACCAACUGCUCGUCGCUCUUUCUUCCAGGGCUUCAUGUCUUUAUUGAAGCUGCACACCAGCAGGACCCCGGAAACACAACAAGAGUUCAGCAAGGUUUGUGAUGAAGCUGUGCAGCUUUCAAUCCGAAAGUGGCAUCAGCUGCCGGGACGCCUAACUGCAGCUCAUAUUCCCAUGCUUCACAACUUCCAACAGCUUGUUGAGCUUCACGACGCAAGCAUCAUAUGCACCAGCUUGUCAACAACCACCGCGGCCAACUUGGACGUCAAGUCUGGCGAGCUUAAGCUCCUUCUGGGUUCAUGGCGCGACCGGCUUCCUAAUGUUUGGGACGACAUCAUCGAUUGGCAAGAUCUUGUUACAUGGCGCCAGCAUAUCUUCGGUCUGAUUAACAGCACGUACCUCAACCUAUUGCCGACACAAGGUCAAAAUGCUAAUGGUGCUUCCUUCGCCUACCGUGGCUACCACGAGACUGCCUGGAUCAUCAACAGGUUCGCGCACGUGGCACGGAAGCACAAUCUUCCCGACGUUUGCAUUGCACAACUCAGCCGGAUCUACACUUUGCCGAACAUAGAGAUCCAGGAGGCUUUCUUGAAGCUGCGUGAGCAAGCCAAAUGCCAUUACGAGAAUCCCGACGAAUUAUCUAGUGGACUAGACGUUAUUAACAACACGAAUCUCAACUACUUCAAUGCUCAACAGAAAGCAGAGUUCUACACACUCAAGGGCAUGUUCCUCGAAAAGCUCAAGCAAAAGGACGAGGCAGACGCCGCCUACGGCACUGCUUUGUAUUACGACAUCGGCAAAGCCAAGGCAUGGGCCGAAUGGGGUUAUUUCAAUGAUCGCAAGUUCAAGGAGGAUCCAUCAGACCUCAACUCUGCCAAGCAGGCCCUCACCUCGUACCUUCAGGCAAUCGGCAGUUACAAGGAUGGCAAGUCUCGCAAGCUCAUUGCGAGAAUCCUUUGGCUCCUCAGCCUCGAUGACGCCAACGGCACGAUUGCCUCUGGCUUCGAGGACUACAAGGGCGAUACCCCAGUGUGGUUCUGGAUCACUUUCAUCCCACAGCUUCUGACGGGCCUAGGACACAAGGAGGCUCCUCGAGUGCACACAAUCCUGCUGAAGAUUGCCAAGUCUUACCCACAAUCCUUGUUCUUCCAAGCACGUACAAACAGAGAAGAUAUGUUGGCUAUCAAGAAGAACCAAGAAGCAAAGGAGCGACAACGACAACGAGCUCAGUCCGCAGCUUCUAGCGGUAACAAGCCUGCGGGCUCACCCUCGCAACCGAAACAGGAGAACCAGCAACCAAAGUCGGAGUCGUCUUCUCGUCCUCAGACUGCAAAUGGCGAGAACAACGUGCAGCCCAAGACAGAAGGCGCUGAUGAAAAGGCUGCUUCGGCGCCCGCUGUUGCUACCGCCACCGCGACUACCGUAGCAAACGGCGAGCAAAAGGCCGAUGUAGGUGCUGCUGCGAGCGCUCCCCAGAAGCGACCUCCUUGGGAGCUCACAGACGAGAUCAUGUCAACCCUCAAAACUGCUUUCCCAUUACUUGCAUUGUCUAUGGAAAAAAUGGUCGACCAAAUCCAGAAGUACUUUAAAUGUCCACCAGAUGAGGAUGCUUAUCGGUUGAUUGUGGCCUUGCUCAAUGAUGGACUAGCUUAUGUUUCACGAAUGCCGGCAUCGUAUGCUAAAGAUGUCAAGUUACCUGGUGGUACGGAGACUAAUAUCACCCGUUUCGCGGAGACCGUUCUCCCGGCCCAUAUUAAGAAAUCGUUCGAGGCAGACUUUGUGGCGGUCAAGCCCACGAUGUUCGAAUACAUCCACAAGCUACGCAAGUGGCGUGACAAGUUUGAGGAGAAGUUAGAUCGAAGAAGCCCGAAGGAACCACUGGAGAAGUACUCUCGAGAUCUUAGUGAGUUCCGAUACCAGAAGUUUGACGACGUCGAAGUACCCGGGCAGUAUUUGCAGCACAAGGACAAGAACCAAGACUUCAUCCGCAUUGAGCGUUUCCUUCCCGAUGUUGAUCUGGUCCGCACGAUUGGUGUUUCUCACCGGCGCAUCAAGAUCCGAGGCCACGAUGGUAGCAUCCACUGCUUCGCCAUCCAGCAUCCAGCAGCUAGACACUGUCGGCGUGAGGAGAGAAUCCUCCAGCUAUUCCGCCAUCUCAACCAGACCUUGGCCAAGCGCAAGGAGUCCAGACGUCGCGACUUGCAAUUUACCUUACCUCUCAUGGUCCCUCUUGCCCCGCACAUAAGAAUUGUGCAAGAGGAUACCUCAUAUAUCACGCUUCAGGGCAUAUACGAGGAUCACUGUCGCCGCAACAGCAUGCAGAAGGAUGAGCCUGUGCUCUUCACAAUGGAUAAGCUGCAUGGUCUAAUCGAGCCCAAGGGAACUAAACAGCCGGAGCAAACAGCCACUGCUCGUCUUGAGGUCUUCACCGCUAUUCAAGAGAAGUGGGUUCCCCAUAACGUCGCCUUGGAUUUCUUCCAAUCCACAUAUCCCGAGUUCUCGGAGUUUUGGUUGUUCCGCCGCCGCUUCUCGUACCAGCUGUCUUCUCUCACCUUCAUGACCUACAUUUUGUACAUGACUGGUCGCUAUCCUCACAAGUUCAACAUCGCCCGUGGCUCGGGCAAGAUCUGGGGCUCUGAGCUCAUGAGCUUCAUGGCGCCAGCCAAGCCGUUCUUCCACAACCCCGAGCCGGUGCCGUUCCGAUUGACACCCAACCUCCAGACCUUGAUGGGUCCCCUCGCAACCGAGGGUAUCUUUAGCUGCGCGAUCAUGGCCAUUGCCCGUUGCCUCACGGAGCCCGAGUUCCAGCUGGAGCACGCCCUCACCCUCUUCGUCCGCGAUGAGAUGAUCUUCUGGUUCACAUCAAGCCAUCGCGCUAUGCAUCUUAACGAGAACCAGCUUCGCGAUACGGUGCAGACCAACUGCGACAUGAUUGUCAAGCGCGCGGUCAGCUUGGCAGCCAGUCCGGUGGGCAAUCUGCCGGCUAACCAGACGGUGAUUGACCUCAUCAGCAGAGCGGUCAACCCCAUGAACUUGGCACAGUGCGAUGCACUCUGGAUGCCUUAUCUAUAAUGUGGUCGGAUUUGUUUCAUGUUUGAUUGGACCUAUAUCUGCAUAUUUGUUUUGCUCGGUUGCAGGGGGUUGCGGUGCAUUUGUUUCACUCAGGAAGCAAGGCGUUAGGCACGGUCGAUUUGACGAUGACGAUAUUAUU